UUGAAUUCUUUCCAGAUGGAGAAAUUCCUACUAGUACUUGAGGUGAUUACAACAUGCUGUGCUGUAACUCAAAGCAUGACGGGUGAGGAGAAGAGUGAGUGUAUGUCCCUGUCUCCGAUGAUGGAGGCUGUCCCUGCCCCACCUGAGAGUGAGAGGGUGUGUGUGUUUGGGACGGGGGACCUGGGGCGCUCUCUGGGCCUGCGUCUGCUGCAGGCGGGGUACGGUGUGGUGUUCGGCAGCCGACGGCCCCACAGCAGCAGCAGCCUCCUACCCCACGGAGCACAGGUCCUGGGUCAUGCUGCAGCUGCUCAGUCAGCCCAUCUGAUCUUCAUCGCUGUCCAGAGAGAACACUACGAUUUCCUGGUACCACUGGCCAAUCAGCUGAAGGGAAAGGUGUUGGUGGACCUCAGUAACAACCUGAGGAAGAAUCAGUACCCAGAGGCCAACGCAGAGUACCUGCAAAGUCUGGUUCCUGGAGCUGAGGUGGUUAAAGGCUUCAACACCCUGUCUGCCUGGAGUCUGCAGAAUGGACCUUCAGAUGCCAACAGACAGGUGUAUAUCUGCGGGGAAAGUGUGGAGGCCAAGCAGGCGGUGAUAGCGGUAGCCAUCAAGCUGGGUUUCAGUGCCCUGGACCGGGGAUUUCUCUCAGUGGCCCGGGAGCUGGAGGACUUCCCCCUACAGCUGUUCCCCCAGUGGAGGCUCCCCCUGCGCAUCGCCAUUGGCCUCAGUGCUGCCUUCUUCUUCUACCUGCUGAUCAGAGACAUCAUCUAUGCAUACGUCACCCAGAGCAAAGACAUCUCCUUCAGAAUCAUGGUCUCACUGGCCAACAAGGUGUGUCCCAUCGUGUCUCUGAUCAUGCUGUCUCUCUGUUACCUGCCUGGUGUCCUGGCUUCCUUCCUGCAGCUCUACAGAGGCACCAAGUACAGGCGCUUCCCUGAUUGGCUGGACCGCUGGAUGCUGUGCAGGAAACAGCUGGGUCUUCUGGCACUGGGAUUCGCCUUUCUGCACGUGCUCUACACACUGAUCAUACCCAUACGGUACUAUGUGAGGUUCAUGGCCACUGAACGCACUGUCUCUAUGAUCAGAGAGAACAGGACCACUCAGUUUGAUACGACGACGGCCUGGCGUGAUGACUCCUACUUAUCCCUGGGAAUUCUGGGAUUUGGCCUGUACGUCCUGUUAGGAAUCACAUCUCUUCCCUCCGUCAUUAACGCUCUCAGCUGGAGGGAGUUCAGCUUCAUACAGUCCAAGCUGGGUCACCUGACUCUGCUGUUGUGUACGGCGCACACCUACCUGUACGGCUGGAACAGAUUCCUGAGUUCCUCCACCUACAAGUGGUACACCCCACCGGGCUACAUGCUGUGUCUGGUACUUCCCUCUGUGGUGCUGCUACUCAAGCUGCUGCUCAACCCCUGUGUGGACCGAACCAUCACCCGCAUACGCCAGGGAUGGGAGAGGGGGGCAGAUCAGAGGAACCCUAAAGACAGCCAACCACUGAUACCUUAGAGGACACACACACAGACACACACAAAAUAACACCCUCAGUGUGAUGACAGCUUUGUCUUUGAGGCAUGAACUCUAAUUUCUUUGCUAUUGUACCCUCAGAGGUUGGCUACCAUUCAAUCAUCGUUUGCCAUGUUUCUGGGAUCAAAAACCAACAAUAACAUUUAAUUGAUAUGCAGUCGUAUUUAUUUUUGUAUUACACUGUAAACAUUGUAGCAUUUUAAUACAUAUAUUUUCAAUAGUACACAAACCAGACACUAGUUUUCACUGGUGAAAGCUCUCUCUAUCACUCUCUCAUAUUCUCUCGUACUGUACAUCCUCUCUCUUCUUUGAUUGACUGUACAGUUAUCCCCAGAUAAAACACAGGUUUCAGAGACAUAUAAACUUUUUAAAUGUAUAUUUUGUGUCUGUCUCAUACAUCUCCAGGGGCAGGUCAGACACAUAAAAACACAUCUAUCAGUGUGAUCCUCUCUGGGGCAGAGUGUUAUUAUUUCCUCCAGAAAACAGACUCUCUGAAACCCAGCAACAGGCUUCCCUUUCAUCACUAGAUAGACAGAGUGGCCCACAGUGUCUUCUGUUAUGGGGAGCACUUCCAUUUGUGGUGGAUAUAGCUGGCUGUUUGUGUGCAGUGUCCUGCAAAAGUAUUCAUCCCCUUUGGCGUUUUUUCAAUUUGUUGAAUUACUACCUGUAAUUUCAAUAGAUUUGUUUUAAAGAUUUCAUGUAAUUGACAUACCCAAAAUAGUCCAAUUUGGUGAAGUGAAAAAAAUAACUUGUUUAAAACUUAGGGCUGAAAUCCCGUUAACGGGAUCGAUAUGACAACAGCCAGUGAAAGUGCAGGGCGCCAAAUUCAAAACAACAAAAAUCUCAUUAAAAUUCCUCAAGCAUACAAGUAUUUUACACCAUUUUAAAGAUACAAUUCUCGUUACUCCAGCCACAGUGUAAGAUUUCAAAAAGGCUUUAUAGUGAAAGCACCACAAACGAUUAUGUUAAGGUCACCACCAAGUCACAGAAAAACACAGCCAUUUUUCCAGCCAAAGAUAGGAGUCACAAAAAGCACAAAUAGAGAUCAAAUGAAUCACUAACCUUUGAUGAUCUUCAUCGGAUGACACUCAUAGGACUUCAUGUUACACAAUACAUGUGUGUUUUGUUUGAUAAAGUUCAUAUUUAUAUAUUUUUUUAA